CCCUAGUCCUGCAUGUUGGAAAAGAUCGAGGAACUACUCACACCCAGGUAGGUGUCAGGCUGUCCCACCCACCAGAAGUAAGGACAUCUCUUCCACGAGGCAGCUGGCGGAAUCGUUAUCCAGACCCGUCCCCACUCUCCUCUUCCCAGUGUUCGUCCAUAUCUGCAGUUAGGGUUCCUUGGCUUUGCCCGAACAAGGUAGAGCGUACAUCUCAAAUCCCAGAUAUACGGCUCUCUCCAUCGCACCCAGUGGAUAAUCAAGAAUUCCGAUUGCCCUUUUCCAUGACCAACCAAUCCUUUCGUCGCCAAUGCGUGUCAUGUUUCUCCGUCCGUCCGUCUGCGGAAUACACAAGGUUUUAGUCUUCAUAUUCGCAUUGUAUUUUACCCACGGGUCAGUCUGGAACCUAAAUUUCUCCCAUAGACUUUCCUGUCUUUACCGUUCUCGCGAUUACCAGGUCCGUCGAUUCCGCCGGUACGAACCUCGGUGCGGGGAAAGCUCCUCACCAAGCCGGCGGCUGUCCCCACCAACAGCCAACCAGGUAAAAUACUUGCGGCCGAGUUUGAUGGACACGAUCAGGUGGUUCUUGAACAACAGUGCCAAUGGGGUUGGGACGAUUUCCCAGUGGCCGUGGUCGAGAUUUCAACAUUUCGGGCACGGCCUACCGAGGUUUCCUCUCGCUGCCUGGUGGGCAGGUGUCUCUGUCCGGGGCAUCCCCAGAAGUCUAACAGCAUUAACGGUUGAUUUCCGGGGGCUGGACUUUGUUUUCCUUACUCACCCAUUGCGGGCCAUCAUAGAUCUGGACUUAUCUUGAACAGUGUUGAGUGGUUCUCAACGUUAAG